AUGCCUCAUGCUGUUAUUCGCUCGCCCGGGGUGCCCCAGAACAGGCAACCUUGUGCUUUGCCUGCCAACAAGAAGAUCGGCCCAAGUGUCUCCCGAGUGAAAGUGAAUACGGCAGGCAACCUGAAAGAUUUCACGUUAGCUGACAACACCUCAGUAAAGCAGCUCAAGGAGAAGCUGUCAGCUCACUUCAAUUGCAGGACGGACCAAAUAGUGCUGGUCUUCAUGGGUCGUCUCCUCAAAGACCAAGACACACUGAGUCAGAGGGGCAUCGCAGAUGGCCACACCAUCCACCUGGUGAUCAAGUCCAAGAAUGGCUCCAGAUCCCUAACCAAUCCCUCUCAGAUUUUGCCAACCAAGGAGCCCUGCCACCGGGACAGAAACACCACAGAUAAAAGCAAGGAGGGGAACCAACCAGCUGGCGUGAGUCAAGUCCCAGUAGAACCAGCUCUGCCUGUGGAAUCUAAUGUAUCCAAGGUGCAGAAUCUGGAAGUAGACAAUUCACAAAAUCUAACACGGGUUCUAGCAAAUCCCAGCAUCCAGUACCUUCUGUCCAAUACCGAGUUCAUACAGCAGCUCAUCUCAGGCCACUCAGACAUGCUACUACUGAUGCAGCAGAACCCAGAAAUCUCCCAUGUCCUUGACAAUUCUGAGGUCCUAGGUCAGACUCUUGGGCUGGCUCGGAACCUGGCGGUGAUGCAAGAGGUAAUGCAGCUUCAUCAACCUGCACGGAACCUUCAGCAUCCACUAAACCUACCACCAUACCUGAGCUCAGAGACAAUUCCAAAUAGGAUCAACGUACUGGAUCCCACUUAUGCUAAUUUCCAUGACCAAAUGCUCCACAGCACACAAGAUCCUUUUGGAGGUAACUCUUUUAUAGCUCUCCUAGCAGACCAAGUGCAGGAACAAGUCCAGCCAACAUCCUUACCACCUCGACCAUUCCAGGAACAACGAGACCCUAGGACACCAAUCAACCAUAUGAAUCCUUCUGGUAUAUCUUCAAUUGCCUCAACCCAAACCAACUUUAACAGGAUCCAUUCUACAUCUAGGGUGAAUACUGCUAUGAUCAAGGACCAAAGCCAUGUAAGUGGCAUCCAGCAUUCAGCUAGGAUACCAUCCCUACCGAGCAUAUCCAUUACCCAGAAGCCCCAGGAAGCUGGCACAAAUGCUUCUGGCUUGGGUCAGAAGUUAGAAGGGCUCCAGAUGUUGGAUGACCAGACCAAGACCCAGAUUACAGGAGGCAUGAUACAGUUGCUAAUGAACCACCCUCACCUGGCCGCUCAGAUGAUGCUGUUCUUGAGUAUGCCCCAGCUGAGUGAACUCUGGAGGCAGCAGGUGCCCACAUUCUUGCAACACUCACAGACUUCAAAUCUGCUCGUAGCUCUAGCAAACCCUAAGGCAUCACAAGCAAUAUUACAGAUCGAACAGGGACUCCAGCUGCUGGCCACAGAGACUCCUAUUCUUUUGCCCUGGGUUGCACCUUACCUUUGGGGUCUGGGUUGGCUUCCUGCUCCUAGCUGUAGCUACCCAGACACAGAGCCCUGGCCUUGGAAUGUGCCAGAGACUGCCGAGCCCAAGAAUCCUGAGUGUUGCCCCAGGCAUGAAGCAGUCCUGCAGAGCCUACAAUCCCUCUCUGGAGACCCUUCCCAUCCUGUACAAGGCCCUGAAAAUAAUUUCAGAAAGCAGAUGGAAAUCCUCCAGGCCAUGGGAUUUGCAAAUCACCAUGCCAACUUACAAGCACUUAUUGCUAACAAGGGUGACACUAAUGCUGCUAUUCGCCAACUCAAGAGGUCUCAGUGA